UAUUUUAAUAGUUUCUGGGUCAGGUUGCCAAACACAGUCUAGGCUUACUUACAUGGCAUAGUAGGCAAAACCUAUUGGUUAUUCAUGGCUAUUUUUAUAAAACAUAAAGUAAAACUUGUAAACGUAUUUAAACUUAUUUACAAUGUAGACUAUUGGAAUGAAACCGGAAUGGUUAAACGUGACCUUAACCAUUGUUGUCGUAAUUCAUUGAAAACUAGAUCUUGGCAGGGUUUCUCGAAACCUUCUUAAUGCUUAAGUCAUUCUUAAGUGACACAUGAAGAGUUGCAUCGAUUUAUUCUUAAGAAAUACGUAGUGAUACGAAGAAACCAAGUCCCGACAGUUGUCCAGUCACAACAUGUUUGGAGUUACGUAAGCGUGUACAACAGGCUCUCCUACUUUCGUUUUCCCGUCUACUUUCGUUUCUCUGUAAACACAUCGCUCUAUUGGCAAGAUUCCCUGUCUAGUUAUAUAAUGCCUAGUAGGGUGCACGAUGUUAUCGAGAACAAUGUUUCGCUGUGGACAGAUGUAUUCUCGUGUAUUUGCUGUGGAGGUGGAUUUGCUCACCGAACCUCUUUACUUUACAUUAAGCGCGAAACCCCAUAUCCUACAUCACGAUUAUCAGCGUUUUUUUGGUGAUGGGAAACUAUUCUCGCUCUACAUCGACAGCGAUAACAGAAUCCAGAAAGCUCAAACUCAUGCAGAAAUAAAGACCAAACUGUCUAAAUUAGCACGAGAUUGCGACGUCUUGGAGACGUGUUCUUUCAUUCCGGAUGUCAAAAACAGUGUCGUUAAAGGAUUUUGUAUACGGGACAAAUCCACCCCAGGCAUUUCAGAGGAGAUAUUAAAGACGUUUCGUCAGAAUGAAUCUGUAUGUGUGUUUUCAUACAAACGCGACCGUCAGUACUGCUGGCAGGAGUUGAUGUCACCUGUCAAUCAAACGGAGAAGGCGGAGAGACAGUACAUCACACCCGCAUCAACACCACUGUAUCACCCAUCCACACUGGGCAUUAGGAGCUCCGAUGUCUUCUACUCUAGGGAUGAAGCCUAUAUGGUUCUUCAGGAGUGUAGUGACAUUCUCCCUGAAUCGAAGGCUGUGCUGCAGCUUGUGGAUGAACAGGUGGAGUCAUGCGGAGGUGAUGGUUUUCCGGUCAUUGUGAUUGAGGGACUGGAUGCUACAGGGAAAACUACUCUCACAGAAGCCCUGCGGGAUUCUCUGAAUGCCACACUGCUGAAAUCUCCUCCCCAGUGCCUGGCUCCUUUCAGACAGUGCUUUGACUCAGAACCACCCGUUAUCCGCAGGGCCUUUUAUGCUCUGGGGAAUUACAUCACUGCGGCUCAGAUGGGAAAAGAGUCUUUGAAAGCCACCGUCAUAGUGGACAGGUAUUGGCACAGCACAGCAGCGUAUGCUAUAGCCACAGCUGUCAGCGGGAGGGUGGAAAAUCUCCCCAGACCAGACUCAGAGCUCUACCAGUGGCCAGAAGACCUGCUCCGACCAAACCUGGUGCUGAUGCUUAAUGUCAAUCCAGAAGAAAGAAUGAAAAGAUUGAGACACAGGGGACAGGACAAGACCAUUGAGGAGAAUGAGCUGGAGGUCAAUCAACUCUUCCGACUGAAAGUGGAGGAAGCUUACAAGAGAAUCCAGAAUCCUUCCUGCAUCAGUGUGGACGCAAGCCCCUCUCCACAAGAAGUGCUUCAACAAGUGCUGGAGUUAAUUAGGAACAAAUGUCAGAUAUAAACACUCAGCUCUAUAACAGAUCAGACUACAAGCAAUGCAAUCCCUCUGAAACCACUAGAUGGUAGUGUAGUGUCAUGAUAUCGUCCUCUCUCCAUCCUCUCUUUCAUCGGCCCCACUGUAAAUCCCAGUCAGCUGAGCCUGUUGAUUGAAAGAGAGGCUGGUGGCAAGCAGCCAGCAUAUAUUUUAGGCCUCGUAUCUGGACAUGUCACAACAUAUUCCCCGUCCCACAGAGCUUUAGUGAUGACACGAGAGGCUAAGAUAUUGCGGGUGCUUUAGCUGGAUGUCAGCACUCAUACGCCGGGUCAAAGCGUCCACUUUCCUCAUUCUGAAUUAUUCCCACUGAAACACAGGAACUCAACUAAAGAGGUUUGAGAAUUCAUCAAUCACCUCAAUUAGAUUUAAACACAAGAACUCAUUGUUGGUCAGCUUUGUGUACACCCCUGUAGGAGAUGGAAGCAGGGGACUUUAUGAGGAUAUUAAAAGCAAUAGAUCUGAUCGAGGCAAUUUUAAGUUUGUUUGAUUUGUGUCUGUUUCUCUGGACGCUGACUCUGAUCAUUCAUUAAGAGUGACAAAGAAAUACCAAAAGGAAAAUAUACCUUUAUAUUCAGUUUAGGGGUCCUGAAAUUCUUUCUAUUGUACUGUCUGAAAUGAUGCGAUUUCAUUAUUUUGUUCACAAAUACAAUCUAGGUUUUUGAUUUGACAGUUUGAUUUACUUUCUAGGGGUGUUAAGUCAUCUGUCUCACAAGGAGUUUAUUUAAUACAAUCUUUUUAAUAUUAAAAGAAAAUCGGUUAAUCUGAAAACUGAGGUAAAUAAAAAUUUAAUUGCUUCAAACUCAA